UAUUUCGAAUGACAGUCGCUUUAAGAAAUGGAUCGGUGAAAGUUGCUGCCAACAUGUGGUUGGCCACAGCAAGUGCAAGAGAGCCUGUGAUUUGGUGCUGAUGCAGGACACUCUCAUGAUACAGAGACAGAAGUUGGCCGAAGUCGCACAAGAUUGUCCUUCCCGAAUGACUGCUCUCUUCCAAUGUUUACAUCAGCAGUAUCCAGGAGCGAGACCUCUGGCCGGAUGGCCAGGCAAGUUGUGCUGCCCCCUGGCUCUACAGACAAGCUGUGAGCAGAGCUGUGAGGGGGCAUCUUCCAAAACUGAUAUCCGAGCAGUCUGUCAUAAAACGCGGGAAGCCAGCUUACACCACUGUAUAGCUAAACAAGAAGAAGUAAAAUGUUGCAACGUGGCUCCGACGGAUCCGUGCCGUUGGCUGUGUCACUCGUUGAUCCUCGACGACCAGGGAGUGUCAUGGGACCAGAAGCAAGCAAUACGUCAUCACUGCCAAGAGAAGUUUACAAACAUUCUAACGUGCGUUCAGAAUCAUACCAAGACGGAGAAGAACCCCAUGGAAGGGUUACCGUGUUGUGAAAAAGCAGAUACCCCAACUUGUAAAGAGACGUGCAAACGGGUCCUUGACACCAAGACUACCGAGAGAGAGAUCGUGGAUGAGUUGAUGGUUGGAUGUGGCCAGCCUGAAGUCAUGACUCUCUCGCCAAUGUGGGCAUGUUUCCUGUCCAAUUCGGGCAAGCAGAAGACGGAGGAAGAGCCAGCAAGAGCCCUUGGUAUGGAUGGGGCAAAACUUCACUGCUGCUCCAAGGCAGUGACGUCUGCAUGCAGGGAGUCUUGUGUGAAGACGUAUAGCAAAGUCUGGCACAAUAACUGGAAGGAAUACAGCGACAACUGCCACCAGAGCGAGGUGGCGCUCCGCAUGUGCUUGAGCGAGGUUGACGAGCCUUGCAAGAUGGGCUGCAGCGGCUUGAAGUACUGCAGUAACUUCAACCACCGUCCCACCGACAUGUUUCGAAGUUGUAGUCUCAAUGCUGACAAGUCUGCUCGAGAGUGGGUCAAGAAAUGGGAGCAAGGCAGCAUAUCAGCGAUGACACAGGUCGACGUGUCAUCAGUUGAUGUGAGUAAGUGUCACCCUGAUGUGUGGAAGGCGAUUGCUUGCGCCUUGGCCAUCAAACCAUGCCACAGGAAGUCGCACAGCACCAGUAUAUGCAAGUCGAGUUGUAUUGAGUUGCUGGAACAAUGUGUCAAAGAUGAUGAGAAGGUGGAUGGAGCUUCAGCGACUGUCUUAUGUAACCUGCUCACACCCAACGAUGAAGGGGUUGAACCUUGUGUGUCUCUCUAUGACUACUUGGAGCCGAGUCCAUACCGAUACAAUGUAGCAGAGGUGACGAGGCCGUGUGUGCCUAAUCCUUGUAACGGGACGGAUGUGUGCGUCAUUAAUAGGAGGCACUGCAAGCAUCCGCAGAUAUGUCCUGCUUAUGUUUGUAAACCAAGUUGCCCACUUGGUGAAUUAUCUACUCUCCACAUUCCCCUGGGGUCGCACGUCCUCGUGCCACUCGGCUCCAACAUGCAGAACUGUCACCGCGUGUGCCGGUGCGGCCGUGAUCACACUCUCGAUCACUGUGUGUCGCUACCGUGCCCAGAACUGAAGCAAUGUAGCCUGCCUUCAGGACAAACCACAGCUCAUAAUACAAUCUUGACAUUCGGCUGCAAUAAAUGCAUCUGCCAUCAUGGUAAAAUGUUGUGCAGUAGUCGCGACUGCCACGGACUUAAGUCGGGGCCAGGGAGGAAAUACCCCUCAACAGGUCUACCUUGUAAUUGUACAACAGAAUACCUCCCAGUGUGCAGUAAAAAUGGGCGCACAUAUCCAAGUGCUUGUUUAGCAAGAUGUUUACAGUUACGAGACAGCCAAAUGAAGUCCGGGGAAUGUCUCCUGAAUAAUCCAUGCUCGCCAAACCCCUGUCAAUCAAACGAGAGGUGUUUUCCAAGACGGCAGACAUGUCUCAGUGCAGAUGCUGGAGACUGCAAGCAAUAUGAGUGUGUUGAGGACCAUGGUCGAUGCAAACGCCAUCACGACCCAGUGUGUGAUACCGAGGGGUUGGAACAUGUUAAUCUUUGCUCACUUGUCGCGAAAGGCAAGAAGUUGGCCUAUAGAGGUCACUGCAGGCCUGGCUGCAGAACACAUGGCACAGUCUGUGCCCACAACGGCGAGACGUACCCAAGCGAGUGUGAGGCUCUUGGUAAUGGCGUCACGAUUGAUUACGACGGGCCAUGUAUCACUGUCGGGCAAUAUUCUGCAGCGAAGGGUCAGUACAGUUGCAGGAAAGUGCGUUGUCACAAGAAGCGACAUUCUGCGUGUCAUGGAGUGGUGCCUCCUGGGGGCUGCUGCCCUGUUUGUGGUGGAAUCAUUAGAAUAUUAUUCAGCAAUAAGUUAGCCGUGACGGUUGCCAGCACCGCCAGAGUGCCGCCGAUUUCAGUCCAGAACGUGACGCAGCAGUUGCGACAACAUCUGGUGGUUGCCGAGUGUGAUGUGUUCGGCUACCUCAGCAUCGAGAACGAGUUAGUCGUGACUGUCGUUCCAGUUUCUAUGACGCCUACAGCAUUGCAGGUUGAAGCUUGCGUGAGUGAAGCAGAAAAUCUCGGAUCUCUCUUCAAGCUCUCGAGUCCGAUGCUCACACUUGAUGUAUCACUCUACCCGUUUCUCACGACCACGGUCCACACGUCUCAAGCAGCCCAGGCCAGCAGUGCAGCAAUCUUAUCAUCCUCACGCAUUGCACUAAUGACUUUCAUACAAAUCAUCAUCUGUUUAUGGUGGCGGUAGGGUCAGUUCUGAAGUUCGUUUUAGCCUAAGUUCACAGGAUUCCUUUUCCUUGCUAUUUGAGCUGUUUCCCUGUAUUAUGCGGUCAAAUCUUUUUCUAUCAUCUCAACAUUUGACCGAAGCAAAUUUAGCUUCGUUAUCUGUGAUGUCUUUAUCUUGACUGUGACAAGGAAUUGUUUGCCUCCUUAUGUCAAAAAUAGUACCGGGAGGUACACAAAAUUGUACUUCUUAUGUACUUCCUCGACGAGAACUAGAGGUAAGUUUUGUGAACUUAGGCUGAGAUAAACUUAGGCAUAACUACUAUACCACCCCAGGAAGGAAAUGGACUCUUCUCUUGGGAUAUAAUUCUGCAGAUGGCGAGGUGAGGCCAUUCCAGUCUUGGGUGUAUCAGUAGCUAUUCAUUUGCUGUUCACAAUCAUUCUUCGAUUGUGAUAGACAUUAAAGGAUUUGUAAUUUCUAUCUUGGUGAUGUGCAGAUUUUAUAAAAUAUGAUAAUGUCCCAAAGAGAUAAGUUGUCGUCUACCUUCAAAUGUUGAAAUUCAUCAUAUGGGAAGUCUAAGGUCUAGAUAUUUAGACAAGUUUUAUUGAGUGGCAGGUCCUUUUGUGUGUCUCACAGUUCACCAUCUUAUAUGCAUUGUCAUUAUUUUCCAUGAAAAUCGUCAUAAUAUUAGUUGUAUCGUUGGCCAAAUGCAGUUCAUUAGCGUAGUAAGUAACUAAUUCCUGUGUUGGCAAUUGAUGUUUUGAACCAGAAUGAUAUUACCCCUAGGUAGGCUUAUUGACUUAUUUCUGUGACUUCAGAGGUGUUCAGGGAACACCCACCCUGAUCGAGCAUGGUGUUUUUGGAUAUAGAUGUUGGGGAACUUGUAGGUGUAGUCUGGCAAAGACAGGGUGAAAUAGAUAUGAGUGUUUAUUUGCAAAUCUAGUCCAGAUACAAUUGUAAAGGUUGUCCUUUAAGUUAGAGCUGAGGGGCGAAAAACAUAUUCGAUAAGGUGUUGGUAUAUAAAGAGUGUAGCAAAGACAGCUUGUAUCUGAAAUCUAUCGCCAGCAGUAUUCUGCUGGAAAUAUGUUAGUUUAGUGAUGAAUCAUGGCAAAGGUGAUACCUAUUCAGCUGUCCAUAUUAUACAGGGUACAAGUGACGUACUUGCAAGGGAUGUGUAUAUACAAUUUCUUGACAAUCAAGACGACAGACAGGGUACAACAAAAGAUUUGUUGCAACAUUUGAAAUUCUCCGCCGAUUUAGUAAAUGUCAAUAUUUUCACUUUGAUGGCUGAUUUCAAACAUUUUCUAUUAUCAAUAUUCAUGUUGCUGUCGCUAGUUGCAGAGACAUUCAAUCAGUAUCUCUCCUUUGUGGAAGACCGUCAAUCAUUUGCAGGAGACCUUUCGACAGUGAUCGCAGGUUGCAGCUUUGAAAAUAACAUGUUGCGUUGAUAGCACCCAAGCUAUUGCUGAUAUGGAACGAUGAAUAUUGCAACGAAGUCGGGAAUUUUAGCGAGAUGUAUAGAUUGAGGCCUCCUAUAGCCUCACAGCAAGUCUAUCUGGUUCUGUGUGGAUGGCUUUUGAUGUAAUUCAGAGGAAGUGACCGACCGGAUAACAUAAUCCUGUCUCCUAGGGAUAUUCUAUGUAAUUCCUAUAUAAAAGCAUAAUCAAUCAUGAACAAGGUUUCACAGAAAAGGUUACAAUUACUUUUGAUUUCAUCUGGCUGGAAUCUGGUAAAUAUAGGAUCUUACUUGAUAGUUAUUCAAAAUCAAAAGUGUGUGAUGUUUUCUUUGACACCUAGUAUGUACAUGAUAAACAAUGCAAGUGGCAAUGCAACUGUUAUAAAUGUUAGGUAAGCUUAAUUUCUGUGCGUAUUAGUUGUCUUGGAAACGCUUCAUUCAUGGUUUAUAUUUUAGUUGUAAGUUCUUGGCCUGGCAGCCGGACGUAUUCGUAGCUUGAUAAAUGGUUCUUGGGCUGAUGUUGAACAGUUGGAUUCAAGCAGGCAACAGAAUUAUGUGAAUCUCAAAUCCCUGGAUUUCUUUCCAGUUGGCCUAUUCGUGUAGUCGUGAUAUCUUUCAAAACAUUUAAUGAUAUUUUAAGACAGCUUUGAGAUGACCUAUCAGGAUAACACUAUGUGUAUUGCAACAAAAUUUGCCGUAUCAAUCAUUGUUUACAAUGAAUAUGUUUGGAAUGAACAACUUCGGCCCAUAGGCACUCCGGUUAUGUCUGUAGGAGAGUAUAGUCCAUGCUUAAGCUAGUAUUUUAAGUUAAAUUCAAGUGAUUGUACAUAAAUCAUGAUAAUGACCUUGCAUUUUAAUAUAUUAUUGUAUACCAUGGCUUUCUGUGUAAUUUUUGCCAAAGUGUUCUGUAUGUACAGGUCAACAGAUGAAAUGUAAAUAGGGUGAUUCAUUGAUGGGAGUUUGUAAGCGAAAAGUGUACAUAGUUUUUUCGAGGUCCUCAGAGAGGGUUAAUGAGCAUAAUAAUUUAAUUGAUUCCGAUUCAAAGAUGAAUGGUUCAGGCUAUGUUUGAUCAUAGUAGUUGUUUCAGGACAAUACAAUUUGCAGUGUUUUUCUUCAUUAUCUUUUUAAACGUACUAACAUGAGGAUUUGCUUAGAGGGGGACUAUAGGCAGGAACUAGGGGUCAUUCGAAUUGAAUUGUAUCACAGAAGAAAAACACUGAUAUUCAGCUGGUCAAUUCAGUCGAAAUCACUUUACUUUCCUUUGUUAUCACAAUCUAAAUGAGUGGAAUAGAAAUUGUCUUCCAAAAUGACUGUCUGGUUGAGUGUUGUGUCAAUUCGUUGUCGAGCAUUUUGUCAAUUGGCUUUUCGUCCAACUUGGUGUUGUUAUGUUCGUUGUGUACAGUUGCAGUCUGCAUUAUUCUCCAUAUAGUGCUUGAUACUGAUGGCAUAUAGUUUCAUAUUGGGAUGCUGUCAUAUUGUAGCACUCAGUGACUUGGUUUGGGAGCUACAUUGGGUUUCCACCCUAUGGCACUGUUCGAAUUCCAGGCUGGUCACCCAUGGUCCUCCUAGGUCGAGUAUACACAGUAUAUGCAGCUAUAUACCAGAGUUCCUCAGAAGAGGCCAUGAUGAAUACGGCCAGCCAUUUCAGACCAUUACCAUCUUGGACAACAGCCACUCAGUACCAUUUCAUGGGAAUCAUUUCAAACUAUGACGAUUUCAGACCAUGGACCUCUGUGACUUCAUGACCAAUUUGGACCAUAUGACCAUCUCGGAUUUGGACAUUUAUAUUCUUUUUGAUCAUGAUUUUUUUAAAUGUUCCGAAAUGAAAGUCUUUCAUGCUUGAAAAUGGUCCUUUGAGAUCCGUGGCCCAAAAUGAAACUACCUGCCGAAGAGCUGAUAAGUUUGCUUUGACAAUCAAUGGUUUUGGUGUUCAUCAUAUAUACAGGGUAUAAAUGUAAUUCAAAAAAUGAACAUUAAGUACUGGCUUCUAGAAAUUAAUAAUUUCAAGAAUAUUGACGCUAUUCCGUACUCUAUCGGUACUGUCCAGAAAAAAAUGUCACAUGUUGCACCUGCAACACAAGGAUCUACUAUUUCAUCAGCACCGUUUGUAUUACAGGGUUUAAAAAUAUGAAACCAUAUAAUGGUUUCAAUGUAAAACUUUCCUGUCAAUGUUAAUAUUUCCAACUUUUUUUCAAAGGUGUCUGAGGUUUCUGUAUAAAAUAAAUUUGACAAUCUUUCAUUCAAAUAUCUGUCUUUUACUCGACUUACUUUAAAAAUUGACAAUCAUGGCAAUUUGAUUUUUUAGUGAGGUUUUCUUUGUCGGAAAAUCAGGGUAAUGUAGAUUUGAAAAGUGGUAAUUUUAAUUCUUUUUUUUUGCCAUUAGACGAAGUUAAUCUUGAAAAUUAAACAUGAUUCACUCAAAUGAUAGAAAUAUGUAAGGCCUUGACGUCUUUGAAUUCUGUUGCAUUUUAUAAUUCAGGCAUAAUUUUCAGACUUUCCAGGUGACCCCUGGAAUAGGAUUUUCUCGAGUUUCUUGAUUGUAAACAAUAAAAUUGGAGAAACAUGAAGAAAAAAUAUCUGAGUUAUUGCAUAAUUGAUGAAGAGGCAUUAUAUGUUCUUCAAAGCUUGACAUGCUUUUGAAUUAAGUGACAAUAUAUGUAACAGUAUUUUCAUUUAUCCUGCAAUUUUCUGAGCAAUAAGUAAUGACGGCAUACAGGUGUUUAUUUUAUAUAUUAGGUAAAUAUUGUUCAUGUAUGUGCUCGAGAAAAUAAAAUGUUUUGUUAUAUAGAUAAA